AUGAGUGCCAACGAUGCAACACCCACUACACCAACUUCACAGCCUCCGCCACCACGGAUCCUCAGGAUCAAGCGGAAACGAGGCCAAGAUCCACUUCAAGCUUUAAUCUUGGAAGAUACUCGCAUUGUUAAACGAUCAAAACCGUCAACUCCCGUAGCUUCUCCCAUCGAAACACCACGUAGUCAAACACCACUGAAUCAGCAACAGCAACAGAAAUUGAGUCAGUCAGGUAUAUCCACUGAUAAUGACCGACUAAAUUACAUGUUCAAGUUGGCGAAAACUGAAUUUGGUGAUGAUGCGCAAUUGGAUGAAUCAGUCUUGCAUACAAUAUUGGCUGAAGCUGCAACAACUACUAGUGCCGCCUCUGGGCAACAUGAAGGAGCAGGGCAAGAGGUGAGCCAAGAGCAACACAAGACGGGGAUCAAACGACGGUUCAUCAUCCAACCAGACGAGACUCGACGUCGAUCCACACUCGAUUACGAGAAUGCUGCGGAUGCAAAAAUACCAGAUCAAUUGUUCAACAUGAUUGAAGAUAUAGUAUCCAAGGGAGAUGACAAUUCAAACGCAAAGAGGAAAAGAAGAGGCCGUACGGGCUCAGCUCAUGAAGAAGAACCUUCCUUCGCGGGACCCAAUCCGCAUGGGACAUCCACUUUUCAAAACACAACCAACUCAAACGAGCAAGGCGGGAAUAGCAACAACUCCCCCAACGACGACGACAACGAAGAUAAUCAAUACGUUUACGACGUGUAUCAACUAACCGAUGCGGAACCACUCACCACCGCCAAUCACCCCCUGGCUCAAAUUGGAUACAUUCGCUUCUUCAAUGAUGAUGAAUCAGAUAAUGACGAUUCAAACAUAUUUGACUCAACACAACAAGAAGCAGACGACUUGAGAAAACCGGGCGUGUUGACAGAUGAUGAGGAUUCCAAUGCUGAAAGUUUCUAUCAGAACGAUUAUCCCAGUGACGAAGAUGCUGAAGGGUUGCAAGAAUUGAACUCUUUUGAGGAUGAGUUUGAUAAGUUGAACAUAGGUGGUGGCGGUGAUGGAGAUGAGGAUGGACACGUAGCGGACGGAGAUGAGGGAUAUGUGCCGCAUGAUGGAAUUGGAUGGAAUGGGGAGGAGUAUUUUGAUUACGGCGAUGUGGAACGGUUCAUGGGGUUCGAUGAGGAAGAUGAUGAUGACGACGACGACGAGGAUGACGGGGGAGAUGAAGAAGACUACCCAGUAAAAAGGAAUCAGUUUUUCAAGUCAGAUGUCAAUGACCCAUUGGCUCUACAUCGAGACAAAAUAUUUGGCAAAUUGGAGAAAAUGAUCAACAAACAAUAA